GGCAAAAUCGACCUUGGAACGGAAACGGGGACCCAGGAGAGGUAAACCUGGGACUGGUAUUAGAGACUGAUCUGGAUCUAAUUGCAAAAGCCUGUCCGGUUGUGCGUUUACUUUGUUUUGAUCAGUGCAUUGUGAAAGCUGACUGAGUUAAUGUAGCCAGAGAGGGGCGUACUCUAUUACACUUCAUUGCUGUAGACUUGUGCAAAAGUGACUUUAGUCAUUUUUAAAAAAAAAUCGCUGGGGUUUUUUCCCCGGAAAACGCCCAGAGAAGAUUGAUUCUUUGCAUUUUGUGCUUAAGCAUGUGAAUGAUGUCCAAAAGGAAAGGCCGGGCUUAUAGAAGAAGGAGGCGGAAAGGUAGCGUGAGCCUGGGAACACACGCGGUGGAGACUGGAGCCAACAUUAGUCACGAACCAGAUUUUGUGCAGCUGAGGAAGUGGCUGAAAAAGAAGGGCUUCAAUGGCUUCUACUUGGUGCCAGCAAAUUUUCCAGAUAUUGGCAGAGGAUUAAUGACCAGAAAAGCACUUGAGCCGGGAGAUCUUGUUAUUGCAUUACCUGAGAAAUGUCUGCUCACCACCAACACCAUCCUCAGCAGUUAUAUGGGUGAAUACAUUAAGAGGUGGAAGCCUUGUUUGUCUCCCCUCCAAGCCUUGUGUACUUUUCUCAUUGCUGAGAGACAUUUUGGGAGCCGGUCUCCGUGGAAGCCCUAUAUUGAUGUGUUACCAAAGACAUACACAUGCCCAGUUUAUUUGCCAGAGGAAGUAAUUGAGCUGUUUCCCAGCCCACUGGUUAAGAGGAUUCAUGAGCAAAAGAGAAUGGUUCAGCAGCUGUACCUUGCUUCGAAAUGCUUCUUUGGUUCGUUGCAACCCUUAUUUUCAGAGCUUGUAGAGAAAGUUUUUACUUAUGACGCCUUCCGCUGGGCUUGGUGCAGUAUCAAUACCAGGACGAUUUAUAUGGAGCAUAAGCAGAGUGAGUUCUUGACCCAAGAACCAAAUGUCUAUGCCUUGGCACCAUAUUUGGACCUCCUGAAUCACAGUCCCUCUGCUCAGGUAACAGCUGCUUUCAACCAGAAAAGCAAACAUUAUGAAAUCCGAACAGUGACAAAGUGCAGGCGGUAUGAGCAGGUUUUCAUCUGCUACGGCCCACAUGACAACCAGCGGCUCCUGCUGGAGUACGGAUUUCUCACAAACAGCAAUCCACACAAUGUCGUAUAUGUCAAUAAAGAACUCCUUUGCAACCACAUUUCUGAAAAGGACAAACUAGUGAACAGGAAGAUGUUGUUUCUACAGGAUGAAGGCCUCCUGGAAAACCUGACGUUUGGAUUCGAUGGACCAUCUUGGAGGCUUCUGACAGUUCUUAAGAUCUUCUGUCUUAGAGCAGAGGAAUAUUUACAAAGGAAGAAGGUCUUGCUUGGCCUGUCUAUCACUGCUGAUAAUGAGUUGGGCAGUUUGGAGCUUGCGGAAAAAAUCUGUUUCCAUCUAAUCAAUGAAAACCAGAAAGCGAUGCAAAAUAUUUCUAGACUAUUAAAUGAAAUUGUUGAGGUUUCAGACCAUCUGGAGUUGGUAGCAAAUGUUCGAAGAGAAGAACUACAGAUACUGCAAGCUUCAGCUGAAGUAUUACAAAAUAUGAGAGUUACUGCUCCCACACGAUCAUAGGCAAUACUCCUUGCUGCUUGACUGUAAAUAGUGAUCAGACUUGAACAGCUGUUUGGCUCUGGGAAGACCACAUUUAUUGUUUAAAACAAUUUGUUGUGGAAAAAAUUCUACAGCAUUUGCUGAUACUGCUGUAAUUCAUGAAAGACUUGGGAAGAUGAUCAGUAUGAACUCCCUACAGGAGAACACAAUGGAAAAGCAAAGGGGAUUUGUUGCACAGUGACCUGGUACAGUGUGCAGUUCCUCACAUAAAAGCUGUGCUUGCGGUUUGAUUUCAUUGGAACCUCUCCAAUGAAUUAUUGCCUUCCCACUGGAAUAAAAGAAAUGAGGAGUGAUCAAUCCAGUUUAAAUAUGUAAUGUUAGCUUUUCAACAAUAAAAUUACUGCUGUUUUAAGUAGCUAUUUUUCUGAAA